AUGCCUCCUCUGUCGGCAUAUACACCUUUUGAGUCCCUGCUCUUCUUCCAGUCCCUGGCCACGUCCGAUGUGCGACCGGCCAGCUUCGCGACUAUCUCCAAUUCCUUGCGAAACAACCCGCUAGUUCGCCAAAAUGUCGCGUUCAGUGCCGAUCGCUUGACUGCCGAGGCUUUGGAAGAUCUUUACGCGACAUUGCUGCGCGAUGGAUUCGAUCGUGAUGCCUUGACCGGACCGAAUGGACGACCAACCGAAAGCCCGGGCGCAAGCAAUCCAAAGAAGCGCAAAAUCGCCAGUCCACGACCGGAGGGAUUAACGGAUGGAGUGACGCACGCUGUUCUGAUUCCAGAGCUCGUCUCACAUCUGUAUGCGCGGUACAGGGAGCUUGUAACGAAAGAGAUCAGGGACGAUGAAAAGAGAUAUACUGCGAUUAAGGAUGAAAUCGAGCAUCUGAAGAAGGAAGGGAAUAAACCGCUUGGCACGGGUGUCAAGGACGCUGUCAAGCUCGGGGACGACCUUGAGGCUGACCCCAUGGAUGUGGAUGUGAAGGAAGAGACCUCGCGACAGGAACAUCCAGACACUGCAGUUCCUCCAGUGCAAUCUCCACAGGCAAGAAAACCACCGGGAGAUACUUCUGGACAAUAUCAAGCAAAGCAACAACAGGUCCCAGCUCCUACACAACCAUUAUCUUACGACACUCAACCGCAACCACAACCACAACCACGGGCCGUAAAUGGCGAAAUCUUUACGCAAACAACAGAUGCCCCGUCCAUCGUGCCACAGGCUCAUCAGACAGCCCCUACCACGCCUGCCGCGGCAAGAGCCCCCCAUCCAUCUCAAAUCGCGCCUCGUCCCAAUGUGCCAGGCACCACACCUGUAGCCGGCAAGCCUGGGAUUCCCUCAGGAUCAGGGCAACCGACUCCUACCCAAUCGAGCUUCCAGCAGUGGCAGCUUGCUCCUUCUCCUCAAUCUCCCUACUCUGCCAUUUCCACUGCUAUUCCAGCGCAAUCAACCCCUGUGGUUACGAAACAGCCUCCACCAGGUCCCAUCCAACUUCCACCUCAAAGGAUCCCAAUACCUUCUCAUGUCCCGAGCACGCCAGGCGCUCUUCCAACGGGUGCCCAGUCACCUGUACCUGUUGGCAAUUCGCGUAUUUCACACACUCCGAGCGUCGUUAUCCCACCAUACACUGAUCGUGGGGCGUCGCGUCCUCGUCUUUCUAUCGAUACACCUGGCUCCUCCACGCCAUGGAAGAUGACACCGCGUGCGAGUGUUGCUGACUCUCCAGUAUCACCCGCACGUCCUGGACCUGGAGACGUCAGUCCCAUAAGUGACCGAGCUCCAUCUCCUGAUGAUAUGGAUGAGUCAACCUCUCGAGAACGAAAGUCGCGACGUGGCCAGCCUGAGGGCAAGGCUGGGUCUCAGUAUCAAGAUCGAGAAACCUUCCACUCGCCGGACACCUGCGGCAAGUACUGCCUCAUCACCGAGCCGCGGGCGUUCUGCGACCCCACGGGCAAUGUCUCCGGAUGUGGAGGCCGUCGGAAGGGUGCUGCAGUUGAUGCAGAUGAUCAAGCCUUGAAGGGUCGCUCUAAGCGUAAACGAGGUACCAGUGAAGCAUUGGAACCAGAAUCUACACCCAUGGAGGGCCCCAGGGUGGAUACCCGCUAUGUUAUGUGUACACGAGGCUUUCACCGGACUGCGGCACCAAUUUUGAAUGAUGUGACUACCCAUAAGCUUGCUUCCAUCUUCGCGAAGCCCAUUGGAGAACGUGAUGCCCCAGGCUACCACGAUCUAAUUUAUCGACCUCAAGACCUGAAGUCCAUCAAAUCUGCUGUCCACCAGGGAAGCAAAGCUGUGGUUGCAGCUACGGAGGCUGUCAGUACACCUGCAGGAGAUGGCGAGUCACCGGCUCCUGCUGUAGGGACACCUUCGAAGCAUAAUGCCCUCAUGCUGCCCAAGACUGAAGACCUUGUACCUCCCAAGGGUAUUGUGAACUCUGCACAGCUGGAAAAAGAAUUUAUUCGCAUGUUCGCCAAUGCCAUUAUGUACAAUCCAGCUGCUGAGCGAGGUUUUGGCCCUGCUUUCCCUAUGAUCAGUGACCGAGGGACACGUGAGAGCACCCAAUCCGAAGGUGAUGAAGGCGGCAUCAUCCAGGAUUCAUUGGAGAUGUUCGAGGAUGUCGAGCAGGCCGUCAAGCGCUGGCGUGCUGCAGAACGCACCGCUGACGAACUGGCAAACAAGAACGUUCUCUCCCUCCGACGCGGUAGCGCCAGUGAUUUUGUUUCUGAUAGUGCCGACGACGCCAAAGGGUGA